AUGGCCGCCCCCGGACCAAUUCCUGCUGGGAGGAGCGUCCCCAUGCCGGAUUUCGCGUCGUCGGGACCUCCCUCAUCCGUCUGGGACCGCAUAUCAACAUGGGCCGCUGAGAACAAGGCGGUGGUGUACACAAUUGCUGGAGUUGCAGUGGUGGUCUCAGGAGCUGGAGUUGCAUACUAUUUGACUGACUCGAAACCCAACACAGCUGGACGAGACUCGCCCAAGAAGCCGAAGAAAGAGAAGCGGAGGAAAAAGGAUGAGGAGAAGAAGGCCGCAGAUCCUGAGAAGGGAACACCGAAGCCCGAACGCAAGGCACCAACAGUCGAGACCGUGGAAGAACUCCCAGAAGUGAGCGAAUUGACUGUGGGAAACCUUUCUGAGAAAGAGAGAAAGGAGUACGCUGCGAAGCUGAAGGCUGCCGGAAAUACCGCAUAUGGAGCGAAGAACUACGAUAAGGCCAUCGAUCUGUACGGCAAAGCGAUUCUUUGCAAGCCCGACGCAAUCUUCUACUCCAACCGCGCUGCGUGCUACAACGCUCUCAAUGAAUGGGAUAAGGUCAUUGAAGACACCACCGCUGCCAUCAACCUCGACAAUGAAUACGUGAAGGCCUUGAACAGACGAGCACAUGCUUACGAGAACCUUGACAAGUUCAGCGAAGCUCUCCUCGAUUUCACUGCUAGCUGUAUUAUCGAUGGGUUCCGCAACGAGGCCAGCGCCCAAUCCGUUGAGCGCCUUCUUAAAAAAGUUGCAGAAGCCAAAGGAAAGGCAAUACUCGCGAGCAAGGACAAGAGACUUCCCAGCCCAACUUUCGUCACAAACUACCUGCAAAGUUUCCGAGCUCGACCCCCGCCAGCUGGAUUAGAGCUGGAUGCCGAAAUUGAGGAAGGAACUGGCAAGGCACAGUUGCAAAUUGGUCUACGUGCAAUGGAGAAGAAGACUGGUGAUGGGUACGAGGAGGCUGCGGCUGCUUUCGACAAGGCUCUGGACUUCGAUGAUCUCGCAGAGCACGAAGCCUUUGCGUAUAACAUGCGUGGAACAUUCAGAUACCUUCGUGGAGAGAACCUUGAAGCAUUGAGUGAUUUGACGAAGAGUGUUGAUCUGCAACCUGGAUUGACUCAAAGUUUCAUCAAGCGCGCCAGCAUGCACCUGGAACUCGGAGAAAAGGAUCUUGCUGCCGAGGACUUUGCGAAGGCUAUGGAGCAAAACAACGACGACCCCGAUAUCUACUACCACCGUGCCCAACUUCACUUUAUUCUUGGAGAGUUUGCAGAGGCUGCCAAGGACUACCAAAAGUCCAUCGACCUGGAUAGAGAUUUCAUCUUCUCCCACAUCCAACUCGGUGUCACUCAAUACAAGAUGGGAUCGGUUGCCUCGUCGAUGGCUACGUUCCGCCGAUGUAUCAAGAACUUCGAUCAGGUUCCGGAUGUGUACAAUUACUACGGAGAAUUGUUAUUGGACCAGCAAAAGUACCAAGAAGCCAUCGAAAAGUUCGACACUGCUGUGGAAAUGGAGAAGCAGACUAAGCCUCUAGGCAUGAACGUCCUUCCUCUCAUCAACAAGGCUCUCGCCCUUUUCCAAUGGAAGCAGGACUUCGCCGAGGCAGAGAAGCUUUGCCAGAAAGCCUUGAUCAUCGACCCCGAAUGCGACAUCGCUGUUGCAACCAUGGCCCAGCUCCUCCUGCAACAAGGAAAGGUGACCGAAGCACUGAAGUACUUCGAGCGAGCCGCUGACCUCUCGCGUACCGAGGGCGAGAUCGUGAAUGCCCUGUCUUACGCGGAGGCCACACGUACUCAGCUUGAGGUGCAAGAAAAGUAUCCUCAGCUGGCUAACAAGCUGCAAGGGAUGGGUGGAGGCUUGGGAGGAGCUGGCGUGCGCUAA